UUGAAACGGAUUUUAUUUCUCAAUUCAGCCGGUUGUUAUUUAUUCGGAAUGCUAAACAAAUAUAUCAAUUACAUAUUGCAUAUAUCAAAGGUGUUUAAGUCAUUUAAAUAAGUAAUUAUAAAUACAUUUGUUUGAAUGGUUAACUACGCGGAUAUAUUUGAAUAAUAAAUAAGCAAUACCAACUGAAGAAAUAAACCCUAAACUGACAUGAAUCUCUUUACCGAAUGGGUGUCAUUAGUUCUAAUCUCAAACUGCUGUCUCUAUGGCAUACGAAUUCAUGUUCAAAUGCUGAGUCUGACGACGAUAGAAGCCUCGUGUCAAGGUUCGAUGACGUCUGCUAUAUUCUAUAGAAAAACGGCAACUGGUAACGCUUUCGAAAACAUCGUGAAAGUGGUCAAUGACGACACUGAAUGUAAAACUAAGACUGCAUUAUCAAAGACAGCAGUGCAAUGUUUGUGUAAGGACAGAAACCAAGUUCGUUGCGUAAUAUCAGAAAUAACGUUCCAUUACUCCGAUGAAUGGUAUUGUGCCAUAUUUACAAACGGAAGUCUUGUUAACAGCGAUAGUGUGUCCAUGUCAAAACAGGAUAUAAUACGCAAUGUACAAGAAGUAAGUAGUACAACUGAUGCAACAACAACAGUCGAGGUAUCCCCGACCAUCACAGAUGAGAUGACAAAGUUCAAUAGUAUAGCCGUACAAACAGCAGUUGCGGAAAACUCACUUUUCAAGUAUGUAUGAUGUGGUGUUCGAGCUUUCGUGCGGAAUCCAAUCAUGUUAUUUACCAUGCACAUAUUAAAUAACUUCCAAUGUAAGCAUGCGAUUUUCUAUCGCGUUUGAAACUAUACCUCAAGG